ACUUAGUAGUCAAAACAGUUCCCGAUCAUUCCAUUUUCCCAAUUCCUCUUAUCCCUUUUACAUUGGGGGUUCGUUGUUGCUGUGGACAAUCUAACGAACUAAGGCAACAUUUUGAGGAAAAAAAAAAAUACAACCAUCAAAAAUAAUCUCAUCGAAUGAAACCCCCCCUCAAAACAGUGCUGGUUCCGUUAGGGUUUUUAUCUUUAUCCCCUUGGGCGGCAAAUUCGUAGAAAACAGAAGUUUGAGGUUACUGCAUUUGGGGGUUCUGUUGAAUUUUCUUAUAUUAGGGUUCCAUUUUGUCUGGGUUUGUUUUGUAUUGGGUUUUGGUAAAGGGAUAAUGUGCAUACUUUGUGUUAUUCAGAAGUGUUCACUGAGGGUAGCAACAAUGCUUCCGUGGUUUAUAAUUCCAUUGAUUGGAUUAUGGGCAUUAUCUCAGUUGUUGCCACCUGGUUUUAGAUUUGAGAUUACAUCACCUCGUCUAGCUUGUUUAAUGGUAUUAUUAGUUACUCUUUUCUGGUAUGAGAUUUUGAUGCCAAAGCUGUCAGCAUGGAGGACGCGUAGGAGUGCGUGGCUUAGAGAGAGAAAGAGGGUUGAAGCUAUUGAGUUGCAGAAACUAAGGAAGAUGGCAGUUCGACGCUGCAGGAACUGUUUGACGCCCUACCGAGAGCAGAAUCCAGCUGGGGGAAAGUUUAUGUGCUCAUAUUGUGGUCACAUUUCUAGAAGACCGGUUCUUGAUAUUCCUGGGUCUACUGACUUAGAUGUUAAGAAGUCUGGGUUUGUUGGAAAGGUCUGGUCUGAGUAUGGUUGGAUUUGUAGGAAUUACUGGUUAGAAAAUGGUAAUUGGGUUCCUGGGUCUUUUGUGGCAAAUAGUAGCUGGAUAAAGAAUGGGGGCAGACUAUAUAAUGGUGAUGAUCUCUGUUUGAAAGAGAGAUCAAAUUCAAUUGUAGUAGUUUUUUUGUGCAAGAUUUUGUUCCCCAUAUUUUUGAGUAUAAGAUGGUUGUGGAGAAAGAUUUUUAGGGCAUCUUCGACUGAAGAUGAUUCAUCAGAUGCAGAGCAUUCGGGGAUGUCGAAAAAGGGUGAAAAUGGUGUUAAUAUGAAUGAGAGUAAAGCCGAGAAAGCUCGUAGGAAAGCUGAAGAGAAGAGACAGGCUAGGUUAGAGAGAGAGCUUCUAGAGGAGGAAGAGAGGAAACAGCGGGAAGAGGUUGCAAAACUAGUGGAAGAAAGGCGGAAACUGAGGGACGAAAAGAUGGAGGCAGAAAAACAGCAAUUUAGAGGCUCUGCAAAUGACAAGGAAAAAGAUAGUAAGAGAGAAGCAGAAAGGAAGCGUCACGAAAGAAGGAAGGAUAAAGAUAAAGGGUCUAAUAAAAGUAACUCUGACUGUGAGGAGAUUGACCGCAGAGCUUCCAAGGAAAUGGAUAGGAAACGUGAUCUGGACAAGAAAAGUGAAUUUGAGAGACAGGACCAACAGAAAGCCUCGAUGACUCAGACAUCAGAAUCAAGACACAGUGUAAUAGUAUCAACUGCAAAUAAUAAUAACAAGGGAACUGGUACUAGAUAUCUGGAGCGCGUAAAGGGUUCUUUAAUUUCUUCAUCUAGAGCUUUUAAUGGAACUAGUAUCUUUGGAAAAGGCUCUCAUAAGAAUCAAACAUCUGCAACAGCUGUUUCAAAAGCAAACAAGCCUACUGGCUCUAUAGAUCAUGCCCACGGUUCCGGGAACCAGAGACAUAUGCAUAGUAGUGUACAUGCACCUGUAGUAGUUACUUUGAAUGAAGAUAUUAAGGCCACUGAAGCAAGUUCUCAACGACCAGGUGGUACGCAGAUGCAGUCACAGACCCUAAAAAAGUCAUGGCAGCAAUUAUUCACUCGUGCUCCAGGCAUGUCUAGUGUUAGUCCACAAGCAGAAGUUCAGGGGCAAAAUUCCCCUAUUCAGGCACCGCAAAGGCAUCCUUUAGAGAAUCAACCUGGUCUGAGCCUACCGUUACCUUCACCCAUGUCUUCAUUUCCAAAUGGUUUAAGAAGUAGCAAUUCAUAUUCUUCUUCAGCAGCUAAACCAAUAUUUCCUCUUGUCAGAGAAUCACCUUACAGAUUGGCACAAGAGGAGCCAGAAAUUUUUGAAGACCCUUGUUAUGUUCCUGAUCCAGUAGCUUUACUUGGUCCAGUUUCAGAAUCACUUGAUAAUUUUUCGUACGAUUUUGGAACAGGGUUCAUGAGAAAUAGUCUGCCUCAAAAAUCUCUGCCUUUACAGCAUGCAUCUGCAUUGAUGGAAGUUCAUAAGCCCUCUCCAAUUGAGUCUCCUAUGUCACGACUACGAGUCAUAGAAGAGAGGCAUAUGAACACUAACCCAUCCCCUCGCAGUCCAAAAACCCCGGAGCAAAAUUCUUCACCUCGUAGUGAAUCAAACGGAGGAACAUGGCAGAUGUGGGGCACAUCACCACUUGGUCAGGAGGGUCUUGGUUUUGUAGGUGGGCAGACCAGUUGGCUUCUUCCCAUAGGGCAGAAUUCGAAGGAGAUGACAUCGAAGUUUGCGGUGGACAACCAAGUCCCUCUUGGGAAUCAGUCUCAGCGAAGUGUUCAACCUGGUAAUUUCUUAAAUUGUGGGACAUUUAGUCCUCCUUGCUCUAGUUUGUACGAGAAUGAUCCGUGGUUACCGAACCCUGUCUCUCCACCACUAUUGGGUGCUAGAGAACACUAUUCGGCUCCAGUUUCUCCUCGGCUAAAUCUUUCUCAGAGUGAGGUGACUUAUGGGAGUCCAAGUAGAUCAGCCACCAGACUGCCAUUCAAACCAUCUCCUGUCAUUCGCUGGCCCAAGGAGGACUCUGUUGUGCAUGGGUCAGAGGAAGGCAUCGCAGUCCCGACCCCAGGAAGGCCUCAUAUUGGGGGUCUAUAUUCAACCUCAGACACACAGUCGGUUUGGUCAUUUGACUGAAUAAGCACAAUAGAGAGAAAGAAAAGAGCAGUGGGUAUUUUUAAACUCCACAUGUUCCCCAUCAAAGUGAGCAACCUUAGUCGAGAACUUUUGAAAAGUUUAAUCGACAGUGUUCACUUUGGCAAACAUAGAUAUUAGAUAGAUAGGUCAACAGGCAUCAUAGAGAGAUGGCUUUCGAGCGUUUGGGCAUCCUUUACAGGUAACUGGUACCUGUCAGACACAUUGAUGGGUUGUUUUCCUGAUAAAUAUUACUUUCUUCAGGCAAUGUAAGAUGCCCAGUACUAUUACCAUCUUUUGAAUCCAAACUUCUUUUCAUGUAUUCAGUAUAUAAACACAUCACCUGUCGUUUUUUGUUAAAAGUAUACUAGUUUCAGUAAAAUUUGAAGUUAUAUUUUCUCU